UGUUUUUGGUGAUUCAAGAAUGGAGAAGGACAAGUGCACUGCCGGCUGGCUCCCUCAUAUGUUGUUUCUUGGAUCCCAGUCAGCCCAGCCCAGAGGGGGAGCGGCUCGACGACGGACUCGAUCUAGAACCCAGAACCCGGGAACCCACGCACGGCUGGGCCACUGGCCAACUGGGCUGCUGGGCCGCUGGGCCACUCACUGGCUGGAUGGGUCGGCGCUAAUUAGGGUGCUUUCUCGCGGCCAACGCAGCUGCCCGUGCUAUUUUGGCGGCGAAGAGAGGGGCACUGACGUACCCCUUAACUGCUGCACCAUCCCACCAGCCAGCCAGCCCAGCACAUCGGCCGAGGGACCCCGACCAGGAUGCCCAGAGCCCCCCUGUUGGUGGUAAGCUUGACCAUUCCCUCACACCUGUGACCCCCCCCUGGUCGACGCCUGCCCGCCUUGUGGUGACCGGGCUGUUAUUCACCCUUACCAAGCAACGAGGACUAGAAAGGACCUCCACCGGUGCCACCACCACGAUUACCCCCCCAAGCGGCGCAACUGCUCCUCCUGUCCCGGGCCUGCAUCCUCCUCCCUCUCACCAACCAAGUCGGCCAGCAGAACAGAGAGAGACAAUCUUGUUGUGAUCAUCCCCAGAGCCGCGAGCCUGGUCCUGCCUGCAUCCGCCCAGCCAGCCAGCCAGUCAGUCUCCACGCCCCACGCCCACGCCCACGCCCUGCUGCAGCAACACACCCACCCCUCCAGGACGAGUACGCAGGUACACACGGUCCAGGGUCUGUCUCCCUCUCCCAGAGACAUAUCUAGCCCACCUACAGCCCACUGCACAUACAAAUCAACGCUGCCAGUGCUGCUGACGACCUUCGGAUAUGGGCAAAUCACAGUCCAAGCUCUCGCAAGAGCAGCUGGCCGAACUGCAAAAGUCCACACACUUUGACAAGAAGGAGCUGCAACAAUGGUACAAGGGCUUCCUCAAGGACUGCCCCUCGGGCAUGCUCACCAAGGACGAGUUCCAAAAGAUCUACCGGCAGUUCUUCCCGUUCGGCGACCCGUCGAGUUUUGCAGAUUACGUGUUCAACGUCUUUGACAGCGACAAGUCCGGCACCAUCGACUUCAAGGAGUUCAUCUGCGCGCUGAGCGUCACGUCCCGGGGCAAGAUGGAGGACAAGCUCGACUGGGCCUUCCAGCUGUACGACAUUGACGGCGACGGCAAGAUCAGCUACGACGAGAUGCUCAAGAUCGUCGAGGCUAUUUACAAGAUGGUCGGCUCUAUGGUUAAGCUGCCGGAGGACGAGGACACACCCGAGAAGCGGGUCAAAAAGAUCUUCCGGAUGAUGGACAAGGACGAGAACGGGAGCCUCGACAUGGACGAGUUCAAGGAGGGCAGCAAACGCGACGAGACCAUCGUCUCGGCGCUGUCGCUAUACGACGGCCUGGUCUAGCGCCCCCCCACCCCGGAGGUGCUUGCGCAGAUAUGUGUGUACGAGAAGAUGCUGCCGGGGGUCCGUCUGGCGUGGAGAGGGCCAAAGGGACGAGUACGGUUGGAGAGGUCGAGAUCGAAUUGAGAGCCUGGGGAAGGGCUGACGGCAGGAGGGCCUUUUUGUUCUUUUAUCUGAAAUUACGCUCUCAGAAACUUCCCUAGCUUGGGUCUAUCGUAGCAAAUACAUGCUUUUUUAUGGUUCA